AUUAUUUGACGUCAUGAUUUCAUGAAGUUGGACGUCAUCUUGAAUGAAAAAUUCUCACUUUAUUAUUUAUAUAGCUAAAUUAAACACGUUAGACGACUUGUGUGUGUUGUUUUCGUUCAUUUGUCGACUAAAUUAAACCAGGUGUACAGUGAUGCGUGUUUAAUUAGGACAAGUUCCGUUAAUUGGAUGGCAGUGUAACGGUGACGCUCUACGCUUUUGUGUCGGUGAUGUAAUUUAGGUGGCUUCUAGUGGCAGGCGCUACAAUGGAAGAAUCUUCAUUUACUAUCCCCGCGGACGACAAUGGUGAUACUGAGCUCGAUCCUAGAAUACAGGUGGAGCUGGAAAAGCUGAAUGCUGCCACAGACGAGAUCAAUAAGCUGGAAUUGGAGCUGGAUGAGUCUACGAAAACCUUCCACCUGCUCUUAAACGAGACGUCCCGACGACUCCAAGGGUUGACCAAACGGCUUGGGACUUGCGUGGACAAGUCCAGGCCCUAUCACGAGGCUGUGGCUGCCGCCGCUACAGCGAGAACAGAGUGCCAGAAGGCUGCUGUGCAGUUUCAAAGAGCUAGUGAGCUCCACGCAGCAGCUAAAGAAACAGUAACACUAGCCGAGCAGCGUUUUGUGAGCAAGCAGGAUGAGUGGCAGUUCGACAGCAACUGGCAGGAGGUGCUCAACCACGCCAUCAUCAAGGUCAUGGACGCAGAGAAAAGAAAAGCGGAAAGCGGCCGCGAGCACCAAAAGAAAGCCGCUGCCUUCAUCACAGCCGAGAAAAAGGUGGCUCAGCUGGAAGAAAACUUGAAACGCAACAUCAUCAAAUCUCGCCUCUACUUCGAAGAGAAGAAACUAUGCGACGAGCAGCUCCAAACACAGAACAAGAAGAUUGAGAAACUCCAACGGCUCAUAGCGGAUGCUAAAUUCAGGUACUCAAAAUCUCUUAAAGCAUUAGAGGAAAUAUCCGAAGAAAUUCAUAGAAGAAGAGGCGAGUAUACUGGAAAAGAAAUCCCUGUAGGUCCACGGGAGCCAGGAGUAGGCGCGGAAAGAGAUCCGAUACAUGAUGAAGUUAAACUUGAAGAGGAAACUGAUGGAGUAGAAAAGGACGAUGAAUCUAGUCUCCAGGAGCUGAGAAUGCGUGUGAGAGAGCUGGCACUUAAACCUAUCGAUAGAACUGAUGUGGAAACAGAUGAAGCUUGGGCGUUAGAGCUUAAUGAAACUAUCAAUAAACUCGAUCAGCUGCUAAUGAUGAAAGAGAAUAACCAACAGAAAAGAUCUAAGUUCACAGCCAGAUCCCCGAGGAAUGCUAGCGCUCCUUCCACAAGCUCAAAUUCAGCUUUCAAAUAUAGUCAACCACCUAGCGAUUCAUGGAAAAACGAGACUAAUUUGACGCGCGUCAAAUCUAGAAGUCGCGAAGUCAUGUAUGAUCACAACCCUAUACCUAUAAGCAAGACUGAAAAAUCUAAAAGCAUGAUGUCUUUAGAUGUUUUAGCUUUAGCUCGCGACACAAAUAUUAUGGAUAGGGAGUCUUACUUAAAAGCGGUUAUUGAAGACAAGAGUCCAACUGGAACUUAUACUGAAAGUAAUUCGGAUAGGAACGAUAGUCCAGAUGAGAUUCUAAUGGUCGAAUGUGAUUCUAGCGACUCUACGCAGAACCCAGUCAUAAGGAUGACCAGCUCUACUGUCACUGACAGCGAUAAUAGUUAAAACAAUGGAAAUUUUAAGUCAAUUGAAUGUCUGAAAUAAAAAAAUAUAAAUGUUGCAUAUCUCUUUUCUAUGCGUGAAAUGUAAUAAGUUUUUUCAUAGAUUUUGUAUUAUAUUUGCAGGUCAUGUUCAUGUGUACAUUUUUAGAGUUUUGUGUUUAAUUUUGAUACCUGCGAUAUUAUAAAAUGAAAUAAAAAUCGGAACAAUG